GUCUACAAGUUGUGCUUUAUUUUUCACGCUUUCUUGUAAUUAUGUGAAGUGUAUGUGAGUGUGUACAAUCCAAGAACCCACUCAUUGGGUAAAAAUCAAUAAUUCAUUGUUUUGGGUACUCAUCAGAAUCCACUUUUUCUUUCACUCUCUAAUCUUGUUUGGUUGUUUAAUUAGUUUUUUGCACUCAUGACUUGUUUGCAGUGUUGAUUCAGUACUAAAACCAAUUACUGGACAAAGUUGGUGGCAGUGCUUUCCUUACGACUUGUAGUUACAAGAGAUAUACCACCUGCGACUGAUGGAAUCAUAAACUUUGCUUUACAUUCGGAACAUGUCAAUGGCAAAACCUUUCAGGAAGCUUGUGUCAUGUGUCAUACUUGAUCUGGAUGGAACGCUUCUUAACACAGAUGGCAUUGUGAGCGAUGUUCUGAGUGUUUUCCUGGUUAAGUAUGGAAAGCAAUGGAAUGGAAAAGCCACUCAGAAAAUUGUAGGAAGGACACCCUAUGAAGCUGCCGCUGUCAUUGUUGAAGAUUAUGGACUUCCCAUAUCUACAGAUGAACUUCUAUCAGAAAUUACACCAAUAUUCUCUGAGAAAUGGUGCAACAUCAAAGCUCAACCGGGUGCCAGCAGGUUAAUCAACCAUUUAAGGUUUCAUGGUGUCCCAAUGGCCUUGGCUUCAAAUUCCUCAAAGGAAAAUAUUGAGACAAAAAUAUCUUAUCAUCAGGGGUGGAAAGAAUCGUUCUCUUAUAUUAUAGGUGGUGAUCAAGUAACCAGCCCAAAGCCAUCUCCUGAGAUAUAUCUUGAAGCUGCUAAGGGGCUUAAGGUAGAUCCUUCCAGCUGUCUUGUUAUUGAAGAUUCACUGCCAGGUGUUACUGCUGGUAAGGCAGCUGGUAUGGAAGUGGUUGCCGUCCCAUCCCUUCCUAAACAAACCCACCUUUUCACCUCUGCAGACGAGGUGAUUAACUCCCUACUAGAUUUGCAGCCAGAAAAGUGGGGCCUACCUGCAUUCAAAGACUGGAUAGAAGGUACAUUACCAAUAGAACCUUGGUACAUUGGUGGUCCUGUCAUCAAAGGUUUUGGCCGUGGCUCAAAGGUGCUCGGAAUCCCCACAGCUAAUUUAUCCACGGAGGAUUACUCUGCAAUCCUCUCAGAACAUCCUUCAGGAGUUUAUUUCGGGUGGGCUGGAUUAGCAACUCGUGGUGUUUAUAAAAUGGUAAUGAGCAUCGGUUGGAAUCCUUACUUCAACAACACCGAGAAGACAAUUGAGCCAUGGUUGCUUCACGAUUUUAACGAGGACUUCUAUGGCGAGGAUCUGCGUCUUGCUAUUGUUGGCUAUAUACGGCCGGAGGCCAACUUUCCAUCCCUUGAAAGCCUGGUAGCAAAGAUCCAUGAGGACGGGCAAAUUGCAGAAAAAGCCCUUGAACUUCCCCAGUAUUCCAAGUACAGGGACGAUCCAUACUUGAAAAGUUCUCCGCAGCAGCAGAGUUCCUAGUUAUUUACCCGUUAAUUUUUGUAAGUCGCAUUUUGCGGCUCCAUUAAUUCCGAAUGUCGUCGGAUAUUACGACGUGAAACAUUCUAUUUGGAUGUAAGACAUGCACCAAGAUGCAUUUUUUAUCAUAUUUUUCCAUGUAAGCAAAAUCUUGUAAUGGAAUAUAGGUAAAUUCUAACUCAUAUCGGGUUUGGUCAAAUAAUUGGCAAGUUUAAUACA